AUGUCGACUACUUCAUCAUUAAGAAGACUGUAUCCUGGAACCAGUUUAGAAGAAACAUUUCAAUGGCCAUUUGAACCUAUUGACUCUCUUGACUCAUCAUUCAGUGUACAGGAAUACUUGCAACAACUUAUUAGACAAGACUGUAGUGAUGUACAACGUAUUGUAGAAUUACCCGAAAGUGUUGAGAAGGACAUUUGGCAGUAUGAGCAUCUUCGUCAAGUCUGCUUAGAACUCAGUUUACUGGUAGUUGCACUAGAAUCAGAAUGCACAAAGCAAGUAUGUCCAGAGAUGAAAGCAGAUGGCUGGAUGUAUUUAUGCGCUGCACAUCCUUCAACUCAGUCUUGUCCAGCAAUUGAUUAUAUCAUUCACACUUUGGAUGGAGCUACGAUUCUGUUGAAUAAUAACAAGUAUUUUCCAAGCAGAAUAUCUAUACCAGAACCAUCAUUGAAACAUUUUCAAUCUGUCGCAAGGAGACUUUAUCGUAUAUUUGCUCAUGCUUAUUUUCAUCAUAGAGAAGUAUACGAGUAUUUUGAGAAUGAUACACAUCUCUAUGCAAGAUUUCUAUUAUUAUCAAGGACCUAUGGACUUAUUCCUUCUAAUUUAAUCAAUAUUCCAGAUGCAGAAGAUAGUAAUAAUGCAAAUAAUGACGAUGAGAAUGAAAAUGACUAUAAUAGAGGUUGA